AUGGCUUCAGCUCCCAGCUUCCGUGGACACCAGUGGACUUACAACCCUGUCCGAGGGUCCUGCCUGCUCCUGCUGCUGGUCCUAUCAAAUCUGCUCCUGUGCCAAGGCAACGUAUGCCCAUCCUGCGGUCCUGAUGUGUUUGGUGUCCCCCUGAAGUUCCUUAGAAAAACAUUUAGCCGUGUCUCCAGGCUGUCGCAUGACAUGCAUAACCUUUCCACAAUAAUGUUCAAUGAGUUUGAUGAAAAGUAUUCCCAGAGUAAGCCUGAGUAUAUCAAUGCCACCAGUGACUGCCACACCAAUACCCUCCAUGCUCCUGAAGAAAGAGAAAAAGCCCAACAGAUGAACAAUGAAGACCUUACUAAGUGGAUACUCAUGUUACAGUACCUCUGGGGAGAUCCUCUCUAUGCUCUAGUCCAUGAACUGCGGUUUGGGGAAUAUCUCUCAGAUACUAUCCUAUCAAGUGCCAGAGAGAAUUUUAAAAAAUUACACAAACUUCAAACAAUCUUAGAGAGGCGAUUCAGCCAGAUUGUUGUUCCAGUCAGGUUGAAGUUGGCCAAGGAUCUUCUAUAUUGGCAAGGACUCCCAUCCCUGGUGUCCAGCGAUGAAGAUAUACGUCAUUUUGCAUUUUAUACCCUGUUCAAGUGCCUGAGCAGGGAUUCCCAUAAACUUGACAUGUACACCAAGAUUCUGGCAUGCCGAAUCAGUUACGAGUGCUGA